CCAUGCUCACUUCUAAUAAUAUGUAUAGCAGCGUAUCAAGAGUGUACCAAAGAGAGGAACGGCACUGGCUUAGACUUCCUGUGUUUCUAUGUCAGUUACAAAUCGUCGGAAAUGAGCAAGACAUCGCACUUCUCGGAAAACUCGGUAUAGUUCGCAUUUGCACAAAGCCAUUGCAUAUUUUUUUAAACGAAACACGUAGGAAUACCACUGUCAAGCAUGGCACUCGGGGAAAAGUCCAAAAACAGCGUAACUACCACAUCAAAAUAUAAUGUUGCUCGGUCAGAAAAACUCGGCAGGUAUUUACAAUCAGCAAAAAAUCUAACUGCCGGUGAAGUAAUACUUCGAGAAAAACCGAUUGCUGUUGGGCCAACGAUUUCCAGUAACGAUUACGUGUGUUUCGCCUGUUUGCGUUUUCUACCGAAAAUAAGAAAACUGUCGCAAUAUCUUUGUUCAAAAUGCAACGUUGCACCUUUAUGCGGUACUGCUUGCGAGGGACAGCCGAAAUACCAUACACCAGACGAAUGCGAAAUGUUUAAAAAUAACAAAGACUUGUUAUCUAGUAAUAUAGUAGACAUAAUUGGUGUUUUAUUGCCCUUAAGACUGUGGCUUCUAAAACAGAGAAACCCGGUAUUAUGGGGACAAGUAGAGUCGAUGGAAUCUCAUGUGGACAAAAGGAGAAACACAUCUGUAUGGAAGGAUAGAGAAGAAAACGUUAUAAAUGUCAUCAGGAAUCUUGGUUUAAUUGCUGAUCACGAUGAAUCUACCUCAGAGUCUUUGCAACAACUGUGCAGCAUUUUAGAUGUGAAUAUGUUUGAGCUACGAUCUCCGGGAGGUGUGGACGGGCUGUUUUUACGAGGUUUAUAUGCGGAAGCCUCCCUCAUGGCACAUGACUGCAGAGGAAACACUCAUCUCACCAUUGACGACAAUUUUCAGCUCACCGUGUACGCCAGUGUACCGAUCCAAGAAGGCGAAACCAUUCUUUUCAAUUAUACGUCGUCCCUUUUGGGAACGUCGGGUAGAAGAGAACAUUUGCGUGGUGGAAAGUAUUUCGAAUGCGAAUGUUCGUUAUGCAAAGAUCCCUAUGAAAUGGGAUCGUACAUGAGCUGUAUCCUAUGUCCACGGUGCAGGGAAGGUUACGUAGGAGUCAAGAAUCCGUUAACAAUCAAUCCGUAUGAAAAGAACAUGAGAUGGCAAUGUAACAGGUGUAGAAGGAGCAUUGGAGGACGUCUUGUACGGGCUACUUUGAAUAUUAGUAGGACAUUGAUCGAGGACACAGAUGACAAUGACAUUAGAGGUCUGGAAACGCUGACAACUAAAUUAGCUCGAUCAUUUCAUCCGAAUCAUUAUUUAAUGCUGUCUUUAAAACAAAAAUUAUUGGCAGCGUAUAGAAAGGAAAUGGGGACUCCAAAUCCACAGAAGAAAUGUAUGCAAAAGAUGUUAGACACGUGCAAAGAAGUUUGCGAUGUAUUGGAAAUUGUUGAGCCGGGGAUAUCUCGAUUAAAAGGUAUAAUGUUAUACGAAAUGCAUUUACCAUUGGUGCUAUUAGCGAAUCGCGCGUACGCAGCACGCGACAUUUCUUUGACGGAAUUAUCUUCUCGUCUCGAGAAAGCCGCAGAUCUUUUAAAAAGAUCCCUUAGGAUACUCCUGUUGGAGCCAGUGGAGACGCCGGAAGGCAAAUUAGCUAAACGAGCUUUACACGAAUUAAAAGCUUUAAAUCAAAACAUAACGGACGUUAAAACUAUGAUGACGACAGUUGAGGACACGCAUGGGCACAGACAAAAAAAAGUCACCAAGAAAUAAGUUAAAUGAAUAAAUAACAAUAAAACGUUUGUGUGUGCAAAGAAAUUCUUGUUAUCUUUGUUGAUAAAUAAAUAAACAUUUUUUAUUUUCUUUUGAUCCGUCUUUAUGUACACAUUUUUGGAAACCCUAAACAAAGCAUACACAGGGUGUUUUAUUUGAUUUUAAUUUUUUAAUGCUGUCAUUAAAUGUUCGUAAAAAAAAUGUUUUAAACAGAAUUGAGUGAUUUCGA